ACCGGGCGGCCGCUCUCGUCCCGGAACGCGUCAGGAGUGCUUGCUAUAGAACAAUAGUAAUAAGGGUGAUGGAGCAUCUUGAAUCCACGGCGCCGGCUCGUGGAAGGGCUUUUCGGAAUUGGCACCGUCUCAGGGCUCCGGCCCGUCUUCUCGGCACGGCUGCGGGCGAAUCCCCUUUCUGAGGCUCGACUCAUAGACUGCCAAAUGGCGAGAAUGGGGGUUUCUGCCUGGCCGGACCUCCCUUCUCAGGAUCGUUUGAGGGGCUGUGCUCAGAAAAUGGAGUCCAGGCUACUUUGUGAACCUCAAAGUACCACGUACACAGACCUCUCGGCCGGAAUCUCCAGGGAUGACCAGCCCCUCCCCGCGCAUCCAGAUAAUCUCCACUGACUCUGCGGUAGCCUCACCUCAGCGCAUUCAGAUUGUGACAGACCAGCAGACAGGACAGAAGAUCCAGAUAGUUACCGCAGUGGACGCCUCUGGAUCCCCCAAGCAGCAGUUCAUCCUCACCAGCCCAGAUGGAGCUGGAACUGGGAAGGUGAUCCUGGCUUCCCCGGAGACAUCCAGUGCCAAACAGCUCAUAUUCACCACCUCGGACAACCUUGUCCCUGGCAGGAUCCAGAUCGUCACGGACUCUGCUUCUGUGGAACGUUUGCUGGGGAAGGCCGACGUCCAGCGGCCCCAGGUGGUAGAGUACUGUGUGGUCUGUGGUGACAAAGCCUCUGGCCGUCACUAUGGGGCUGUCAGUUGUGAAGGUUGCAAAGGUUUCUUCAAAAGGAGCGUAAGGAAAAAUUUGACCUAUAGCUGUCGGAGCAACCAAGACUGCAUCAUCAAUAAACACCACCGGAACCGCUGUCAAUUUUGCCGGCUGAAAAAAUGCUUAGAGAUGGGCAUGAAAAUGGAAUCUGUACAAAGUGAACGGAAGCCUUUUGAUGUACAACGGGAGAAACCAAGCAAUUGUGCUGCUUCAACUGAGAAAAUUUAUAUCCGGAAGGACCUGAGAAGUCCUCUGAUAGCCACUCCCACGUUUGUGGCAGAUAAAGAUGGAGCAAGACAAACAGGUCUUCUUGAUCCAGGGAUGCUUGUGAACAUCCAGCAGCCUUUGAUACGUGAGGAUGGUACGGUUCUCCUGGCCACGGACUCCAAGGCUGAAACAAGCCAGGGAGCUCUGGGCACACUGGCAAAUGUGGUAACCUCCCUUGCCAACCUAAGUGAAUCCCUUAACAAUGGUGACGCUUCGGAAAUGCAGCCAGAGGACCAGUCUGCAAGUGAGAUUACUCGGGCAUUUGAUACCUUAGCUAAAGCACUUAAUACCACAGACAGCUCCUCGCCUCCAAGCCUGGCAGAUGGGAUAGACACCAGUGGAGGAGGGGGCAUCCACGUCAUCAGCAGAGACCAGUCCACACCCAUCAUUGAGGUCGAAGGCCCCCUCCUUUCAGAUACUCACGUCACAUUUAAGCUCACGAUGCCAAGCCCAAUGCCAGAGUACCUCAAUGUGCACUACAUCUGUGAGUCUGCAUCCCGCCUGCUUUUCCUCUCCAUGCACUGGGCCAGGUCAAUUCCAGCCUUUCAGGCACUUGGGCAGGACUGCAACACCAGCCUGGUGCGGGCCUGCUGGAAUGAGCUCUUCACCCUCGGCCUGGCCCAGUGUGCCCAGGUCAUGAGUCUCUCCACCAUCCUGGCGGCCAUCGUCAACCACCUGCAGAACAGCAUCCAGGAAGAUAAACUUUCUGGCGACCGGAUAAAGCAAGUCAUGGAGCACAUCUGGAAGCUUCAAGAGUUCUGUAACAGUAUGGCGAAGCUGGAUAUAGACGGCUAUGAGUAUGCAUACCUUAAAGCUAUAGUUCUCUUUAGCCCCGAUCAUCCGGGUUUGACUAGCACAAGCCAGAUUGAAAAAUUCCAAGAAAAGGCACAGAUGGAGCUCCAGGACUAUGUUCAGAAAACCUACUCAGAAGACACCUACCGAUUGGCCCGGAUUCUCGUCCGCCUGCCUGCGCUCAGGCUGAUGAGCUCCAACAUAACAGAAGAACUUUUUUUUACUGGUCUCAUUGGCAAUGUUUCGAUAGACAGCAUAAUCCCCUACAUCCUCAAGAUGGAGACGGCAGAAUAUAACGGCCAGAUCACUGGAACCAGUCUAUAGUGUACACCACACACCUGUCAAGGAGCAAAGGAUCCCCCCAGGACCGCUCACAUACAGAGAAAAUAAAGUAGUGGUAUUUUGGUAUGUGCAAAUAUUUCCAGUAUGUUAGCCAUUUCCUACCUGGUUUCUUCUUACCUGUUAAUCCCAGACAAUAGCAACUAAAAGACUAGUAGGAUCGUUUCCUGCCAUAAGAAAUGUUUUAAUGCCUUUUGAUGAAGCAGAUUUUGGAACAAUCUUUUAACGCAGUUUGUAUUUAGAAAUUCUCAAAGGGCAAAAAACAAAGUUUUAUAAUGUCAGAGAGUAGUAUUAAAGAAAACUAAAAGAACCUAAGAGAACAGUAUGUGUGUAUAUAUAUUAAAAAUGUCCUUGGAAUUAAUAGUUACUAAUUACCAGGGUAAUAAUAUUAGCACUUUCUAAGCACUUCUUAUCAAUGCGUAAUGUUAGCAACAUCUUGCCUGUGGGCAGGGCAAAUGGAAAACUGUCUUAUGUCUUUUGCCGAAAUGCUAAUGAUUUCUGUGAAAACGCACUAGGGUACAGGAGACAAUCAUUUAUGUUUAAGAAAAGAAGGCAUCAUUCCUAAUUGUAUGCACACAAUGGUGGCGUUGAGCUAAAUUCCUAUGAACGAAUGAAAUGUGGCCUGUCUGCAUCGCAGGGAGGGGAGCGUGGCAGCACAGUCAGUGGUGACCCAAACCAGAAGCUUCUCGGCCGUAGAGUUGAUGCUUGUCAGCUUCCCUGACUUCUGGCCCUGGUCUCUGAGGGGCAUCUGCAGGCGCCUCUAAACCUGGGGCUCUCUUCUGAUGCCUAGUUCUUGGAAUUGGAUUGCAAGCAGUCAGACAUUAACAGCCAGUUCCUGCAGCAACUGAAAACAUCCCCAUACCACCUCCACUACUCAUGGCACAUGGAGCCUUCUGACCAAAAAAUGCGAGGUGGGCAUUUUGAACCCCUGGCAGUACUUCCUGAAUGCAGUCUGGGGUGGUUGCACAUUGUUCAGAUGGAGGAGUGUGGCCUCCUUGGAGUGCGAGGGUUCCCUUCUCAAUGGAAUUUCCAUUCCAAAUGCCCCCUUGAGAAGGGCCUGUAUUCCUGCAGUUCAGUCAGAACUGUGCAGUGAGGUGGAGUGGGGCGUGCAGGAUCUUGUUGCCUGGCCAGGGUGGUGGUAGUGAAGCUGAAUGGAAGGUUUCUCUGUUGACCUUAAAUAUCAGGGUUCUUCAGAAUGUCUCCAGACUCAGCAUCUCUGCUGGCUGAGCCUUUUCAUGGUGCUGGCACACCGUGCACUUUGAUUCCCCUAGGUGUGUGCCAGCAAACCCCCCCGGAGCAUUUUAGAUGAUGGAUGCAGAAGCAGGCCACCUGCUCCAUAAAAACAACCAUAAUUCCCAAAGUCAUCUUCUUUCUCCUUAAAAGUUAUAGAGACCAACAUUUACGAGAACAGAAUGCAGUUAUAAGGAAGUUAUAUCUAGAGAAGAGCACCUCUGAAUUCCCCUGGAUGUGAGUAAGCAUUUCCUCUUUGGGAACAGUGGCAUGUCCAAGCCUGGGCUAGGUACUUUGUAUUUUCUUUUUGUAUAGCCCAGAUUAAGAAAAUACAGUGUAAAGUUAAAUUUGCAAGAUGAUAUCCAAAAAGAUCCGGUGCACUCCGCUGCCUCGGAGGUGCUCCCUGGUCCAUCUUGGCCCCCAGUCAAGGUGGGUGCCCAGCCAGCCGGCCACAGGCUUAUGGCAAAAUGGGGUACUUGAUUCUGAAAUAAGUGUUAGCACUUUAUGAAAGUCAUUAGUGGGACUUGAGUGGCGACAGUAUUUCUGACUUCUAAAUUCCUGUUUGGAUUUAGUUAUAUCAUUUAUAAUUCAUGCCUUGGAAGCAAAUUUUGAAGAAUACUGGGGGUCCCCAAUAUAAAAUGAUGGAAAGGAUUAAUUUUGCCAGCUUAAAUUUUUUGGUUUUCUAACUUUGAAGUGAUUUAAAUUUCAAAAUUAACACCAAAAACUGGCCAAGACAAUGGAGUUAGGGUGAGUCUGUUUCCUUUCUGCAUGAUUUCAGCAGAGGGCACUGUGGAGCAGAUUUAUGCGUCUUACACAGUGAGUUGCCUGUUUCUCAGUUCUCUUGAUUUUUGAAUGUAAGCACGUCUGUUGAUCGCGUAGCAGUUCCCUGGCAGUACAUGUUGUGUCGCAUCUUUCAGAUCUGAGUUCUCAGUGUUAAUGAAAAGGUCCAUACUGACUAGCUCCCCUCAUUUCCAGGGGCAGGCCCUGCCAAGUCCAUUGUCCAUUAGGCUUCUAGACUCAGGUUUCCUUAAGAUAUUGGGACAGCUUAGCCAAGACCUUGAGGUCCUGACGACGCCACUGUUUAGAUAUGUUAGGAAGAGAAAGUGAUAACCAGCAGGAAGAGAGUGAACACUUGGAUGAGGAACUGCCACACUCCUGGAGAAAAAUCGAUUUAGCUUGGAAAGUCGCUGAUUCUAACCUGGUCCUGCCCCAAGUCCCUUCACUGGUGAUGGUUGAUUCCAGUGGACCAUUUUGGGCAUUGAACAUGCCUCAUUAGUUUCCCAGAUCCUCUUGAACUUACUUUGAAGUCAUCUUUUCCUUAAGAAUCAUGUCCACACAACCUGAAUUCUUACUGCCCCAAAUCAUUUCAAGUCUUUGGCAGCAGGUCCGUUCCAUCUCUUGUCAAAUUGCUUAAGAGAAGUAAGCCCAAAGUCAGGAAUUAUUUAAAGGGAUCCCAAACAAAUAUUUGGGUUCAACUUUCACAAGGCUUUUAACAAACAUUGUUAGGAAUUUGUGAAACUCUAGAUUUAGUGAAGUGAGGCCAGCCCUCUGCCCAGUGAAUCCUUGAGUGAAAUAAGCCAGGAGCAGGAUUCUUUGCCAUGUAGCCUAUUCAAACGCCCCUUCUGCCAUAGCCACUCCCCCCUCAGUGAGGAGAGAGGUAUGCUGGCUAAGGGAGGUGGAGACAGACACACACACCAUUACUUCUUGAUGAAGUGGGCUCUUUUCCAGCAGUAUCUCACAUAAUGUUGGAGAGUUAUAUGUUGAAGUUUGUGGAGCUCAUUACAUAUAAUCAUAAAACAGGACAGGAGCAGACUUAGAAAAAGACCAAAUUACUCAAGCAAAUAAUACUUUCCAAGUUAUUCUUGGAAGGUACUUCUAAAGAAGUAUGUUACCACCUUUCUAACUUGAGAUUUGUGUGUGGUGUGUAUUGGGGAGUUACAUUAUUUAUUGUCUAAACUCUACCAUGAGGCUGUUUGGGGUUCCUUUGUUGUUUGGGGUUUGUAUUUAAUUUCAGGUGUGGUCACUUGUUGUGAGAUGUUAUGUAAUUGCCCUCAGGAGGGAUUGUUUUCUAGCUUAUCAGUGUCAGUAUUAAAUGUGGACUCUGUUGAGAGGCAGUUCCCACCAGCCGUGGCGAUAGCGAUGGCCGUGUCGACUCCGGCUCCCAAUAUGGCAGCACACUCACUAGAGCACGGGGUGGAGCAACAUACUUACCUGGCUGUUGGGCUUGUUUCGGGGAGAGCCGCUGCAGGGAGCCAAGAAUUAGAAAGGCUCUAGCUGUAUCUCGUGCUUUGAUUCUGGAAAAAGCCCACAUCCUAAUCCUUUGGGGUAAUUUCCAGCAGAGCAGUCUUGCUUCCAGCCUGCCAUCUGCCUGCCUAGCAGCCCUUGCUGUGGAUCCCACUUCCAGGACCUGAUCAUAUUAGGGUCCACAAGCUUGUUGCCCACUUUGCAGUGGAAAUGCCCUAUGUGCAACGGGGCUGUAGAUGACAGUUCAACUCUUCUCUAGGCCCAGGUCCUGAAAAGUGUCAUCUUCUGACAUUCACUUUUAUCCCGGGAGCACAGUGCCCUUUCGUCCCUAGAAAGGACUGAGCAGGCCGGGCGGAUGCUCCACUUUCUUCCUCUGUCCCACUUCCAUUCUCUAGAUUGUGCGGCUCUUUGAAAAUGUCUUAAUUCUGAUGUAAAUUUGUAAAACCAACCCCCAAUUGAGACAGUGGGUUUGGGUCUUUUGUACCCAGGGUUCUGGACCUCCUCAUGUGUGUGCCUCCUGCCAGCGUGCACUUCAUGCAUCCAGCCUGGGGUCCCUUCAGUGGAUUUGUGCGUGUACAGAUUUAUAGGCUUGUAUGACUGAAUGAAUGUACAUGUGUUUAUACCUUCUCUAUCUGUACAGUGUAUAUAGUGUGUGUAUGUGUACAUAGAUGUAUAUUAUGUAUACAGACAUGUAGCCACAUAGCCAAACUUUCCUCAUGUUUUAAAGAGAGUCUAUGACAGAGUUGCUAAAGUAAAUUGAUGUGGAUGUUCCAAGGUCCCUCAGCAGGAUGCAUUUGCUGAGAUUUUAACUCCAUUUUCCUUUGGGUGAGCCUGGCUGGGAAAGGCCAUGAAGUCAGAAUCUCCACUCUGCACCAGGGAAAGUUCCAGACAGAAGUCUAGGAAGCAGAAAUACAGCUCAUCCUUAUGUCUAAAACUAGGUGGCGAUCUUUAACCUGGUUUCACACACCUAUUUAUGGCUUAACUGGACGGAACUGGUACAGCCAUCAGCCUUCCCAAAUACUCACUCUUUCAUGUGGUCCAGAGAUGGGCAUCGUGGUGAGAGAUGCGGAAUGGUCCCUGUCAUGGGGCCUGACUCCCAGUGUGGUGGCAGUUUCCCACGCUUGCUCUGGACUCAGUCACUAAACAGUGGGCACUGCCCUGUGACUAAAUAGAGAUUCCCAUCUCUCUAACACCAGUUGGAAAAAAAACCUACCAAGUAUUCUUUAAAAAUGAGCAUGAAUGUUGAUGGCUAACUUUUAUGCCAUGUAAAAGUUACAAAUCUUAAAUUAUUUCUCAAACUAUAGCAUGUGAAUAAAAUCCACUGACUUAAAUCCUUUCUGUAAAUUAUGAUUUAAAAAUUUCAGAUAAAGAUUGCAUUUUAGUACAGAUAUGUGUGCCCUUAAAGCUACAGAUGCCAAAUUUUCCUUGUCCAGGUCUAUUCUGAUGAAUUUCCCCCCUUAAUCGGGCUGUAAACAGGCAGGGCACUCAGGAGCCAGGGCCCAGCCCUGCAGUAGUUGCUCACGGACCUGGUAAGCAGGCGCCUGCCAGGCAGGAAGGUUAAAAGCUGGCCUGCUAAACGAAAUCACUGGAUAACUGCAAAAACUCACAUAAUCCACAAGUUGCUUUUUUUUAAAAAAACAUAAGCUAUUGAAAUGUUUGAGAACAUUUCAUUGAGACCACAGUACUCAGUGCCUUUCGUUAGACGGUGGGUCACUUAGCCUUCAGCUUCCCUUAUUUUUGAUGUAAAGAAAGCUCCUGCUACUUCUUUGGCCUAAUCCAGCAGUGAUUGUUGAACCUUUCCCACAUCCUUGCCUGUCAUGACAAUCACAUUAUUGAAGGUGACUUCCCAGUUAAAAUACAAGUGGAAGCUUGACGGUCUCUUAAUGAAUCUUUAAAUGAAAAUUUUUCUUUGGGGCUACUUAUCUUAACAGCAGUCUAAGAAUAAUUAAUUAAACUGAGCUUAAAAAUGUAUCAGUGGGGGUGGGAUAUUUUUAAUGCUCAGCUAUACUUUCAGUUGAGAAGCCAGUAAUUUUGGUUUCUCAAUAUUUAUACAUACAACAUAGAAAAAAACGCUAGAAAAAAUAAAUGCUGGAAAAAACUGCUCAGCAGCAUUUGGCAGUUGACAGACUGUGAUAAAGCUUAAUAAUUGGAUAACUCUUGGAAGUAGUAGGCUUUACAUUAAAAAUGGCUUUUCUUUAGGAAAGUAUAAUCAUUUUAACGACCAGAGCAUUCAUGGACUCAAAUGCUGCUGUCGCCACAUACAACUCAAGUGCUGGAAUAUUUUUCUACAGUCUCCGUUCUCCCAAUUAUCUUGUAAACCAGUGUUCAACUAGUUUUAUAACUGAAAAGCUGCACAUUUUUCAUAGUACAAACCAUGGUUUUUACCUGUAGUUUGGACCUCUCUGUUAAAAUGUAGCUGCAUUACCAGCCCUUUUAAAAUACAUGUUAAAGGAAAAUUCAGGUGUUAGAUUUUCUUGGGACCGUUUCUGUAACCUCUCCCCUUCACAAUAUAGAAAAUACUGUUUAUGCCAUUACAUUUUAAUUCCAGGUUUAAAACCUGCGGAAAGCUAUAGCUUGAAGUCAGCUUUGUUUAUGUGAUGGCAUUUAAAAAUAGCAUGUUCUUUUUAAACUGAAUUUUACAUCUAAUCAAUGUCUUCAGUCUUGAAGAAGAAUUUGCAUUGUUGUGUUUGUAUAUAGAGUAUUGCAGUGCAUGAAUUAGCUUUAUGCAUUUUAUUAAAUGCUGUUUCAAUGUGGCAUUAUUGUUGUGGCUUAAUACUACUACCUAAAUGAGGUUUAUACUAUUAAAAGUGAAUUAAAGACUAA